UAAGGGAACUCGAAGUUUUUUGCUUGGUUUGAAAGGGAGGUCGGGGGGAUCUUUGUGCCCCUUGCCGUCCACUGGCGUCUUCGAGGGGAAAGCUAUGCUCCGGGGAACGCGGAGAUUGCUGUCAGUAAAACUGCGAGCUAAACAGCCCGCCUUUCUCGUACCUUCUCGAGGUUUUGCUUGCAGCCCGACCACUGACAGGUGGGAACAAAAGCCAUCUUCUGUAGAAACAAAAUGGAAAGACACAGCAGAAACCGUAAUUAUUGGAGGUGGCUGUGUUGGUGUCAGUCUUGCCUAUCAUUUGGCCAAGGCUGGCAUGAAGGAUGUACUUUUGUUGGAAAAAUCUGAACUCACUGCUGGAUCUACUUGGCAUGCAGCGGGUUUGACAACAUAUUUCCAUCCUGGAAUAAAUCUAAAGAAAAUCCAUCAUUACAGCAUCAAGCUUUAUGAAAAGUUAGAGGAGGAGACAGGACAGGCUGUGGGGUUUCAUUGCCCAGGGAGUGUUAGAAUUGCGUCAACUCCAACAAGAGUGGAUGAAUUGAAAUAUCAAAUGACUCGAGCAGGUUGGCACCCCACAGAGCAAUAUCUUAUUGAUCCAGAAAAAGUGCAAGAAUUAUUUCCGUUAUUAAACAUGGAAAAGGUUUUAGCUGGUCUGUACAAUCCAGGAGAUGGUCAUAUAGAUCCUUAUUCACUUACUAUGGCAUUGGCUGCAGGAGCUAGGAAAUAUGGAGCUCAUUUAAAUUAUCCAGUUCAAGUAACUAAUUUAAAAUGUAGACUAGACGGAACAUGGGAAGUUGAAACUCCACAUGGAACAAUUAAAGCAAACAGAAUUGUGAAUACAGCUGGUUUCUGGGCCCGAGAAAUAGGUAGAAUGAUUGGACUGAAUCAUCCACUUAUACCUGUUCACCACCAAUAUAUUGUUACUGGAACUAUCCCAGAAGUGAAAGUCCUGAAGAAGGAAUUGGCUGUUCUUCGUGAUUUAGAAGGUUCAUAUUAUUUAAGACAAGAAAGAGACGGGCUUUUAUUAGGGCCAUAUGAAGGACAAGAAAAAAUGAAACUGCAGAAAUCUUGGGUAGAAGAUGGAGUCCCACCAGGCUUUGGAAAGGAGCUUUUUGAAUCUGAUUUAGAUCGAAUAAUUGAUCAUGUCGAGGCUGCUAUGGAAAUGGUCCCUGUCCUGAGAGAAGCAGAUAUUAUCAAUGUAGUUGCAGGUCCUAUAACAUAUUCACCAGAUAUUCUGCCAAUGGUGGGACCACAUCAGAGCGUUCAUAAUUACUGGGUGGCCAUUGGUUUUGGGUAUGGAAUCAUUCAUGCCGGUGGGAUAGGAAAGUAUCUUAGUGACUGGAUACUCAGUGGAGAGCCUCCUUUUGAUCUAAUUGAAGUAGAUCCGAAUAGGUAUGGAAGGUGGACAACUACAAAAUAUACAGAAGCAAAAGCAAGAGAAUCUUAUGGUUUCAAUAAUAUUGUUGGGUUUCCUAAAGAAGAAAGAUUUGCUGGAAGACCUACAGAAAGAGUCAGUGGGCUUUAUGAAAAGCUUAAAUCUAAAUGCUCCAUGGGAUUCCAUGCAGGCUGGGAACAACCUCAUUGGUUUUACAAACAGGGUGAUGACAUUGGAUACAAACCUAGUUUUCGACACACAAACUGGUUUGAACCUGUAGGUCGAGAAUAUCAACAAGUGAUGGAAAAAGUGGGUGUGAUUGACCUUACUCCUUUUGGCAAGUUUAGCAUCAAAGGCAGUGAUUCAGUUAAACUUUUGGAUCGUCUGUUUGCAAAUGUGGUCCCAAAGAUGGGUUUCACAAAUAUAAGUCAUAUGUUAACCUUCAAAGGCAAAGUCUAUGCUGAACUCACAGUCUCUCAUCUGAAUCCAGGGGAAUUUUUAUUAAUUACUGGUUCUGGAUCAGAGCUUCAUGACUUAAGAUGGAUUGAAGAAGAGGCAUUUAGAGGACAAUAUAACGUUGACAUCAAAAAUGUUACAGAUGAAAUUGGGGUACUUGGUAUAGCAGGUCCAUAUGCAAGGAAAGUUCUCCAGAAAUUAACUUCUGAAGAUCUUAGUGAUGCUGCAUUUAGUUUUCUACAAUCCAAGCAUUUAAGCAUUGGUAACAUUCAGGUUACUGCAAUUAGAAUUUCUUAUACGGGUGAACUAGGAUGGGAAUUGUACCACAAACGAGAAAAUACUGCAGCUCUAUAUUCUACAAUCAUGGAUGCUGGAUGUAAAGAAGGAAUUGACAACUUUGGAACAUAUGCAAUGAAUACGUUACGGCUAGAAAAGGCUUUUCGUGCCUGGGGAGCAGAGAUGAAUUGCGACACCAAUCCUCUGGAAGCUGGACUGCAAUAUUUUAUCAAAUUAAAUAAGCCAGCAGACUUCAUAGGAAAGAACGCACUGAAACAGAUUAAAGAAAAGGGGCUUGAACGAAAACUUGUGUGUCUCAUCUUGAAAACAGAUGAUGUUGAUCCUGAAGGAAAUGAAAGUAUCUGGUAUAAAGACAAGGUUAUUGGCAACACUACAUCUGGAUGUUACAGCUAUAGUACUCAGCAAAGUCUGGCUUUUGCAUAUGUUCCCGUGGAACUCAGUAAAAUUGGACAGAAGCUGGAGGUUGAGUUACUAGGCAAAAAUUACCCAGCAACUGUUGUUCAAGAACCACUGAUAAUGACUGAACCAACAAGAACGCGGCUUCAAAAGAAAGGAGGAAGUUCUAAAGUAUAAAUAAAGAAUCACAAAAUUGUCAUGUUGGACAAUUAAAAUGGGAUUAACUUGAUUUGAAAUUUUGCUAUAUUUGAAAUCCCAUGUGACUUGAAUCACAUAAGAUAGAAAAUAUGAAAGAGCUUUUCUGGAGCAAAAAGAUAUGUUGUGAAUAUUUGCAUUUCAUUUGGGGAAAAAAAGUAACAACAACAAUAAUAAUCGUCCAUAAGGAAAUAUUCAAGAGAAAAAAAAAUCAUGUUUACAUACUUAAAACAUUCAAUACUGUAGUGUUUAGUAGGCUCCUUCAAACUGAUUUUAAGAACACUGGAUUUAACUGUAUGUCUAUAUCCAAAUUACCUGUACCUUUAUGAUGUUGAGUGCUUGAUUAUCUACCAGAAAUAUAAUAGCUCAUCUCUAAAUAAUUGACGAGUAAUUCUGAUCUUAAGCAGAUAUUACAUUUAUAUCUUUAAAAAACAAGGGGAAAAGAAAGGGAAAAGAAUUACAAUUUGCAAAACAGUGUAGUAAAAAGAAAACAAAGUUUUUGCAAAGCUACUGUUUUUGUAUUGCUGGAACAAAAUAUUAGGUUACAGGUAGUCCUCAAGUUAUGUCCAUAUGUUUAGCAACUAUUCCAACUCACAAUGGUGCUGAAAAAAGUGAUUUAUGACCAGUUCUCAUUUUAACAACCGUCACGGUGUUCUCACGGUCAUGGGAUUGCAAUUUAGGCCCUUGGAAAUCAGAAUAUAAUUAUUUUAUGAUUUGCUGAAUGACCUGGUUAUUCACUUAAUAAUCAUGGCAAAAAAGG